UGUACGUGUACUGCAGCUGCAACAUUGCAUUGUUAGAUUCAGUCUAAUAGAAGUUCUCGGGCGGGCGAGAUCUCGUUGAAAUUUUACCAGGUAUAAUCACUCAACCGUAAAGCACGUGUGAUCCAAUCGGAUAUCUGUCCUCAUUCGCCUCACAACCUCUCGCAGUUUAUUUGAGUACCGUUUUACCAUCUAUCCGAAGAAAUUUACAGUCCGUUCUCGUCAUUAUGGAAAGCUUGAAAGGGUACGUCACGGAUUGGUGGAAUGACAUGGGCAUCAUCACAUCCUUACUAUUCGGCUUGUUCGGAAGUGUCAUCGUGUUCGGCAUCGUUCGGCAAACCUUCGGGAAGCGAGAGAAACUACCACCUGGACCUCUCAAAAUCCCAUUCCCGCUCAAUAUCAUCGCCAGCUUGUUCUCAAAGGAGGGUAAAAUGGACAUGAUCCUCUCCGCAAAACGAAAGUACGGAGACCUUGUGAGUAUCGAAAUCGACGGACAGCCGAAGAUUCUCGUCGGGUCUCCCGAACUGGUUCGGGAGCUCUUCGUAAAACAUGGUGACGUCUCAUCGAGCCGAGCCGCUUCGAAACCAUUAAAAGCUAUGAUCAACUAUACGGGAGGAAUAAUAUUCGGGGAUUCGUGGCAGCCGCUUCGAAGGUUUAGUCUCUCUGCCUUGCGGACUUUCGGCAUGGGAAAACGAAGCAUAGCGUCGAAGAUUACCGAAGAGGCCAGGAUAUUCACAGAUGGAUUAUGGGAGAGUCAGACCGUAGAGGGUGUGAACCCUAGUGGUCUCCUGAACAAAGCGAUCUCAAAUGUUAUUUGCUCAAUCACGUUUGGGAAGAGAUUCGAAUACAGCGACCCCGAUUAUAUUAUACAGGUGGAGAACAUCAAGAAAAUAAUGGCAGGUGGUAAUAUUCCGCCUGUGCUGCGGAUCGUUGCUCAACGUUUCCCGGUCAUAUUCCGCUCUCCUCUUUCCAAGAACGCAAAGAAACGUCUUCAGAGUCUCAAAGACUUUAUCGUCCAACAGGUGGACGAGCACGACAGAACAUUCGAAGGUGACGACAUCAGGGACAUCGUCGACUCAUUCCUAGCAGAAUGCCGACGCCUCCAGGAGAAGGGUGAGCAGGAAUGUUACAUUCGGAAAGAAGACAUAUGGAUGUCUGUUUGGGAACUUUUUAUCGCGGGAACCGAGACAACAGCAUCGGCGCUUGCAUGGUUCUUUCUCUUCAUGGCUGCACACCCGGACAUCCAAGAACAAGUAUUUAAGGAAAUUGUUACAACGAUCGGGUCAGAGAGGGCGCCUGUCUACGACGACAGAAAGAACAUGCCAUACACAGAAGCGACACUGGCAGAGGUCCUUAGACACAGACCUGUUGCACCAUUUGGAUUACCUCACGUUGCCGAUGAAACCAUACAUGUGCGGGACUACGUGAUUCCAAAGGGUUCCACGAUCUUGGCUAAUAUUCUUGGGAUCCAUCACGACCCGGAACUGUUUCCAGAACCGAGCAAGUUCGACCCAAAUCGUUUCCUGAGUGAUGAUGGACAAACUUUUGUCAAGAAUGACGCUUAUACUGCGUUUGGCCUAGGUCGGAGAAGCUGCCUCGGUGAGCAGUUGGCCAAGAUGGAAUUCUUUCUCUUCGCUACAUCUGUCCUUCAGCGAUUUACCAUCAGACUCCCAGCGGGGGCUACCCCGGACUACAGCAUCGGCCAUCGAAUGAUGACACUGCUCCCAUCCGACUUUUAUAUUCAUCUUGAUAAACGUUAACCUCGAGUCAUCAAGGAGCCGCUAGAGAGGCAAAGUGGCCAGGAUAAUAUUAUAUGGUCAAAAAUGAGAGGCAUAUAGGUUACACUAUGUAGUUUAGGGUCGGUGCAUCUUCUAAUAUCACUGGCAUUUUCAGGAAUAAAACGCAAUUUAUCGAUUCCUUCCUUGAAUAAAGAGUACAGUUUUUUAUAAAUAUAAUGCUUAAACUUUUAAACAUGUUUUUCUCGAAAAUGUGAAUUUGUGGGUUGACCCACUUUGGUUCUCAGGGGCUCAAAAGAGAGUCGGUCUUGGGCUAUCCCCGGCCUUUACAUUUGUUGCCGUAGAGUCUAACCGUUCUAAAUGUCAUGUUAAAUGUUCAGUUUUGUAAGGCUAAACAUUGCAUAAAUUGUUUUUUCAUUUAUUAUAACAGUUCACUGUAUGCGAGCUUUCACUUAUAAGAUGUAGCUCCUUGUACAUGAUCAUGUGAGGGAUGAAUGAUUUAUAAUUAUAUAAUCAUUAGAUAGCAGUAAGCAUAUACUUUCCAUUGAUAUUGUAAAAAAAAUACACCUACAUCUUUAUAAUGAACGCAACAAUUCAGCGCAUAGGCUGACAUACGUAUCUACUGUGAGUUAUAUUCAUAUAUGUACCUUACAGCAUCAUUAGACGGACAUUAUGUAGUCGGAAAAAAGAGUCAUUAAGUAGAUAUGGUCAUUAGCAGGACAUUUGCGUGUCCUUUAAACGAUUGAACAAUAGAAUUACUGCCCUCUACGUACGUUUGCAGGCAGAGGAAACUCAAAGGCCUCCCAAGAACAAUGGGAUUAAUCAUUAGUCAUAAGUUUAGUUAGUUAUAUUGUUAUGAAUUUAGGGUUAGUUUUAGGGUUAGGGUAAUAUACCAGUUUGUAUGGUGUCCGGUUAAUGUGCCACUUUGGGUAGUUUACAGAUGUCCUGUUAAAACAACAUGUAGGUUUAUAUAAGACAUUUCCACGUUAUGAAAAUCGUGCAUAUAUAAUUUAAAUGUUCAAUUUCUCAUAGAUUUCCAAAAUGUUUGUACAAAAGAUUUACCAAUAACAGCAGAAUACGCAGAAUACACAAUGACUUUAGUGAGCAGUAGCUAUAGGUACUACAUGUACGUACAUUUCAGGGCAAUGUCGUAAAUCGAGUAAUUGCAAUGUUGAUGUUUUUGUGAUAUUUGAGCCUUCUAUAUACAAGGAACGGCAUCCCUUAUACAGGUAUUUCUUUUUUUAUAACCAUUCUCCGGUCAUUUUUCAACGGUCAACAUACAAUAGUUAUAUGAAUAUUUGAAAUUUAAAAACAUGUGCACACAGAUAUGUAGUUGAAAAGGGAAGUAACCCCAUUUCUAUCAAUUGGAAGGACAAAAUACUUAUCCAGUCCGUAAAAUUGAAAUUAUUUUAUUCAAAAAUGAAUAUUGUAGCACCACUAACUAAAUAAAGGCGCAACGGAAUUAUAUAUUUGAAUAUAUGUCAUCUAAUAAAAAUGGAAAACAAA